AUGACUUAUGAGGAAGAGGAGGAAGAAGAAUAUGUGGAGGAGGAAACGGAAGAAACUGCAGCUGAGGCAGAACCAGAACCGGAACCUCAGCCUCCCGUCCCACAGCCCCCCAAGCCUGUGGCUCGGCCUCCUCCCCCAGCUGCUGCUCCUCCCCCUCUCCGCCGAAAAUCUUCAGCUAACUAUCGAGCCUAUGCUGUGGAGCCACAUGACAAGAGAAAAUCCAAGAUUACGGCUUCUCGGAAACUGCAGCUCAAGUCACUGAUGCUCCAGGUGGCAAAGCAGGAAAUGGAAAGGGAAGAAGAAGAGGGGGCACGGGAGAAAGAGCGAUACCUUGCAGAGCACUGCACUCCCCUAGAAUGGACAGGUCUGGAUCUCGCAGGCCUGCAGGAGAUGUGCCAAGAGCUCCAUGCGCGAAUCGACAAGGUGGAUGAGGAGCGCUAUGACAUGGAGGUCCGAGUCAACAAGAACAUCAACGAGAUCCAAGAUCUGAACCAGAAGAUCUUCGACCUACGAGGCAAGUUUAAACGCCCAAAUCUUCGCCGCGUGCGUCUCUCUGCUGACGCCAUGAUGCAGGCCCUGCUGGGCUCCAAGCACAAGGUCUCCAUGGAUCUGCGGGCCAACCUGAAGCAGGUCAAGAAAGACGACAGUGAGAAGGAGAAUCGGGAGGUGGGUGACUGGAGGAAGAACAUUGAUGCCCUGAGUGGCAUGGAGGGGCGCAAGAAGAAAUUUGAGGCCUCACCUGCAGGGCAAGCCUGAGUCCUGAGAUGAGUUUCCUCCGUUCACUCCAAUCUGCGAAUGGCUGUGAAACCUACUUGCAAGAAGAUAACACAAAGUAUUAUUAGUUCUCUGGUGUGGAUUUCUGUAGGGAAAGGCAGUGGAACCUGGUUUGAAGU